AUGGCUCAGGUGGUCUUCGAAAACGAGGCUAUUCACCGUCGAAAAUCGUCUCUCAUACCUUCUACUGCUCCCCGCCCGGACAACGUUCGCCGGAAAACGCAAUGUUUCGUACAUUCGUUGCUUGAAAAGCAUGAUGGUAUGCUCAUAAAGGACAGCAAUACGUCAUAUGACGGUCUCGUGCAAGAACGCAAGGUGGACAAUGGACAGAUCGAGCAAAGCCACCAUUCGCGGCUCUUGACCAAGAAGCAGAUUUCGGACAUGGCGUUUGGGAUAAGAGAACUGGCGAAGAAGCUUGCCCAGAUCAGGAUAAGGCUGAACGUGCACAAUGUCUUCAUCUUGGCGAAAGCGCAUGACGAAACGCUUAUUUCGCAUACGAGAGAGACGACGGAAUGGCUGUUAACCAAGAAUAGCAAUUACAGAGUCUACGUUGAGAGCACGCUGGAGAACAACAAGAUAUUCAAUGCUGAGGGCCUCUUGACAAUGAACCCAUCAUUUCGGGGGCGGCUGAAGUUCUGGACGAAUAAGUUGUGCGCUGAGAAGCCUCAGACCUUUGACAUCGUACUCGCACUCGGCGGAGACGGCACCGUUCUCUAUGCCUCGUGGCUCUUCCAGCGAGUCGUACCACCAGUCCUGGCCUUUUCCCUUGGCUCCCUAGGUUUCCUCACUAAAUUCGACUACGAUCUGUAUCCAACAACGCUAUCAAGAGCCUUUGAUGAAGGCAUAACGGUCAGCUUACGUCUCCGGUUCGAAGCUACCAUCAUGCGCUCUCAAAACAACCGAAACACCACCCUAGACCUCGUAGAAGAGCUAAUUGGUGAGGAGAGUGAAGAUAACCACACACACAAGCCCGAAGGAACGCACAAUAUUCUAAAUGAAGUCGUCGUGGACAGAGGGCCUAAUCCCACAAUGUCUAGCAUAGAACUUUUCGGCGACGACGAACACUUCACCACAGUCCAAGCAGACGGUAUAUGUGUCUCCACACCCACUGGUUCCACUGCCUACAAUCUCGCAGCUGGCGGCGCGUUGUGCCAUCCAGAUAACCCCGUCAUCCUUGUGACAGCCAUCUGUGCGCACACGCUCUCCUUCCGGCCUAUCAUUCUCCCUGACACAAUCGUUCUCCGAGCAGGUGUGCCUUAUGAUGCUCGGACAAGCUCAUGGGCAAGUUUCGAUGGCAGAGAAAGAGUCGAAUUGAGACCCGGAGAUUAUGUAACCAUUAGCGCCUCACGAUUCCCGUUUCCUAGUGUGCUGCCGUUGGACCGGAGGAGCAAGGAUUGGAUUGAUAGUAUUUCCAGAACAUUGCAGUGGAAUAGCCGACAGAGGCAGAAGAGCUUUAAGGAGUGGUCCUAG